AUGAACUAUGUGGGGCAGCUGGCAGAGACGGUGUUUGGAACAGUUAAGGAACUAUACAGGGGCCUAAACCCCGCCACGUUGAGUGGUGGCAUCGAUGUGCUGGUGGUGAAGCAGGUAGAUGGCUCCUUCCGAUGCUCACCCUUCCAUGUCCGGUUUGGCAAGCUGGGUGUCCUGCGGUCACGGGAGAAGGUGGUGGACAUUGAAAUCAAUGGAGAGCCUGUGGACUUGCACAUGAAGCUGGGGGACAGUGGCGAAGCCUUCUUUGUCCAGGAGCUGGACAGUGAUGAGGAAGAUGUGCCUCCUCGCCUGUGUACCUCGCCCAUCCCAUGGGGAGGCCUGUCAGGCUUUCCCUCAGACUCCCAACUAGGCACAGCCAGUGAGCCUGAGGGCCUCGUCAUCACUGGGCGGAAAAAGAGGCGGCGCAGGAGGAAACCCAGGCGCAGGGAGGAUGCCCUGGACUCCAGUUCUGAGGAGUUGGAGGCAGGUGCUGAGAGUGAGCUGCCCUUGCCAGAAAAGCCAACACCAGAGUCCCCAAGCAGUGCUCAGGAGGAAGAGGAGUCCUCAUUGCAGCCUAAGGACAUCUACCCUUACUCUGAUGGCGAGUGUACCCCCCAGGCCAACCUUUCAUCAGGUGACCUAAUGUCCCCUAAGAGUGACUCUGAACUGGAGCUGCGGUCCUUGGAGCCCAGUCCCCUGAGAGCUGAAUCUCACAUGCAGUGGGCUUGGGGGAGACUGCCUAAGGUGGCGAAAGCUGAGCGGCUUGAGUUGUCUAUGGUCCUUGACAGUAUGGCUGAGGCAAUCUCUGCUCUUCCCAGACAACCUGAACCUGGCAUUUCUUCUUCCUCUUCUGUGGCUGGUAUGGACCCUUUGAGACUCCCAAUCCUGCAGCCGGCAGCUGGGGCUGAUACAGUGCAUCCCGAUGUGGAGACACACUGUGAGGGGACUCUGGUGGAUUCUCCUCUUGCUGCCCCAGAGAGUAAGGAAACCAAGACUCAGAAUUCUAGGGGCGCAGUCCACCCUCCUGCCACUAAAUCAUGGAGCUGGGCCACUCUGGAGAGCCACAUUCCCUCUGGGCAUCCAGAAGUCUCCAAGGGAAAAGGUUCCCUGAAGAGAAACCACCACCUGGGGCCCAGUGAUAUCUACCUGGAUGAUCUAUCCUCCUUGGACUCUGAGAAUGCAGCCCUUUAUUUUCCCCAGAGUGACAGUGGGAUGGGGCCCAGGAGGUGGAGUGAGCCCAGUAACCGGAAACUCCUGGAGAACCCCAACCCCGAGCACAUAGCAGAACCCGCUCUGGACUCAGUGGACAACAUAGCAUUGUCCCUCUGUGGUGGACUGGCUGACACCCGAGACAUCUCCCUGGAGAAGUUCAACCAGCACAUGGUCUCCUAUGAGGACCUCACUAAAAAUCCUGGGCUCCUGGAUGACCCAAACCUUGUGGUGAAAAUCAACAAGAAGCAUUAUAACUGGGCUGUGGCUGCUCCCAUGAUCCUUUCUCUGCAAGCCUUCCAGAAGAACUUACCUGAGAGUACUGUGGACAAACUUGAGAAAGAGAAGAUGCCCCGGAAGGGCGGGCGAUGGUGGUUUUCCUGGAGACGCAGGGACUUCUCAGCUCAGGAGCACACUGCCCAGAGGGAGAAAACCACAACCAGGAAGCAGCAGGGAGAGAAGACAGAAGUCCUAAGCAGUGAUGAUGAUGCCCCAGACAGCCCUGUGAUCCUUGAAGUCCCCCCACUGCCACCCGCCACUCCAGGCUACAUCCCUACCUACAAGAAGUCCCUUCGUCUGUCUUCUGAUCAGAUCCAAUGUCUGAACCUGCAUGAAGGAGCUAAUGAUGUGGUCUUCAGUGUGACUACCCAGUACCAAGGCACCUGUCGUUGCAAAGCCACCAUCUACCUGUGGAACUGGGACGACAAGGUGGUCAUCUCGGACAUUGAUGGCACCAUCACCAAGUCAGAUGCUCUGGGCCACAUUCUGCCCCAGCUGGGGAAGGACUGGACACAUCAGGGCAUUACUAGUCUCUACCACAAAAUCCACCUAAAUGGGUACAAAUUCCUGUACUGCUCAGCACGGGCCAUCGGCAUGGCUGACCUCACCAAGGGGUACUUGCAGUGGGUGAGCGAGCGUGGCUGUGGCCUUCCUAAGGGCCCCAUCCUGCUGUCUCCUAGCAGCCUGUUCUCUGCCCUCCACAGGGAGGUGAUCGAGAAAAAGCCAGAGGUGUUCAAGGUUGCCUGCCUGAGUGACAUCCAGCAGCUGUUUCUGCCCCAAGGACAACCCUUCUAUGCCGCCUUUGGGAACAGGCCAAAUGAUGUUUUUGCCUACCGGCAGGUGGGCCUUCCAGAAUCUCGAAUCUUCACAGUCAACCCCCGGGGAGACCUCGUGCAGGAACUCAUCAAGAACCACAAAUCCACGUACCAGCGGCUCGGGGAGGUGGUUGAGCUGCUCUUCCCACCCAUGGGGCGUGGCCCCAGCACAGACUUGGCCGACCCUGAAUACAGCAACUUCUGCUAUUGGCGGGAGCCACUGCCAUAUGUGGACUUUGAUUGCCUGGCUUGA